GUGUUGAUACUUGAUACAAUAAGAAGCAAUCAUUUGUUGAAAGACUUGAGAGUCAAGAUAUAUAUAUAUAUAUAUAUAUAUAUAUAUAUAUACAUGUCUAUAAGUCGUGGAGAUCCUCUUGUGGUGGGAAGAGUUGUUGGAGAUGUUCUUGAUCCUUUCAUCAGGCUGGUCUUUCUUAGGGUCACUUAUCGCCAAAGAGAGGUUACUAAUGGCUUGGAUCUAAGGCCUUCUCAAGUUCUCAACAAACCAAUGGUGGAGGUUGGAGGAGAUGACCUCAGAAAUUUCUAUACUUUGGUUAUGGUGGAUCCAGAUGUGCCGAGUCCAAGCAACCCACACCUCCGAGAAUAUCUGCAUUGGUUGGUGACUGAUAUACCUGCCACAACUGGAACCGCCUUUGGUAAUGAGAUGGUGUGUUACGAGAGUCCACGUCGCCCUUCGGGAAUCCACCGUAUGGUGUUGAUAUUGUUCCGGCAACUCGGAAGACAAACGGUUUAUGCACCCGGGUGGCGUCAACAGUUCAACACUCGUGAGUUUGCUGAGAUGUAUAAUCUUGGUCUACCUGUGGCUGCUACUUACUUCAACUGCCAGAGGGAGAAUGGUUGUGGAGGAAGAAGAACGUAGAUGCCUUACUUACUUUAACUAUUGCAGUAUUCCCCUAAUAAUGAGGUUAUUUAAGCAUCUAUAGUCUAUGUAAUAAUAAUUUAAAAGAUACUAGCAAAAAAUAAAGUGAUGUAUACAUGUGCAUCUACAUAAAGUAGUGUCUACUUUUUUUUUAAGUAAUAAUUGAGAGGGAAGAAAGAAUGUGUGUACGAGAUAAAAAGCCUUUUAUCAGAUAAAAAGUGAUGUUGUAAGAUA